UAACCUCUAUGCUUUUUAUUUAAAGCCAGUAUACAUCAAUCCAGGAUGUGGAAGUGCUCUCUUAUAUUAGUGGCUGUGCUUUUAACUUUCACCAAUUCAGAGGAGGACGCAGAUCGAGAUGGGAGAGGGGUUCUGGCUAAAAACUUCUUUGGCGGAGUUUGGGGUAACAGGCCACCCCUUAUGGAAAAGAAUCAGCUUAAAAAAUCCUGUACUUGUAAAUGCGGUGAAAGAAACGAAGUGUCCCGUAUCGUGGGUGGGACGGAGGCGAGCAAUGACGAGUUCCCGUGGAUGGCGAAGCUGAUCUACAUCAAACGGUUCUACUGCGGAGGCAUGCUUAUCAACGAUCGAUAUGUACUCUCAGCCGCGCAUUGUGUUAAAGGCUUUAUGUGGUUCAUGAUAAAGGUGACAUUCGGCGAGCAUAACCGGUGCAAUGCGACCGUGCGUCCUGAGACAAGGUUCGUCAUCCGCGUCAUCUCAAACAAAUUCAGUCUCACCAACUUCGACAAUGACAUCGCGCUGCUCAGACUGAAUGAGCCUGUGCCCAUGUCAGACGCUAUCAAGCCUAUAUGCUUGCCAACUGAUAAAUCUCUACUGUAUGUCGGUGUGAAGGCUGUAGCCUCAGGUUGGGGGACUCUUAGUGAAGAAGGAAAAGUAUCGUGUACUCUGCAGGAGGUGGAAGUGCCAGUUCUCAGCAAUGAGGAAUGUCGCAAAACUAAAUACACGCCAUCUAUGAUCACAAAUAACAUGCUGUGUGCUGGCUAUCCGAAGACCGGACAAAAGGACUCUUGUCAGGGCGACAGCGGUGGGCCGCUUGUUACAGAGAGAAAGCAAGACCAACGCUAUGAACUGAUAGGCGUGGUGUCGUGGGGCAAUGGCUGCGCGCGCGUCGGCUACCCCGGCGUCUACACGCGCGUCACCAACUACAUAGACUGGAUCAAAGAAAACACACAAGACGCAUGUUAUUGUACUAGUUAAAUAUCUAUCAAUCAAUAGAUAUAAAAUGCCAUGUAUAAAAAUAUAAACAAAAAUCAAUAAAAGAUAUUUUGUAAUUAUUAAUAAUUUAAUAUAUAAUUUUUAGAGUAUGUAUUUUAAAUGUAAUUUCUAUAAUGUGAUAUUUAAAAUUAAACGGUUAUAAUACUUUAUUUCGAUGGAAUUUCCAGAAAAAAUUGUACCUAAAAUACCAAAAAUAUCAGCAAAUCGAAAUAUAGGUAUUAUUGCUAUAUUUGUUUAAGAAUAAGUAUACUUCGGCGUAUAAAUGUUUACCAUAUAGAGUUAUAUAUACAAAUAAAGUAUUCUAAUAUUAA